AUUAAAAUAUUAUGGUGGAAUACCAUUCAUUACAAGUUUACUUAAAGAAAAAAAUAACGUUGCAUUUUUAGAAAGUAUUACAGGUUGUAGUUAAAUAACUUUAAAGACUAGCGAACGACUUUCUUGUAUAUAAAUGAUUGUGCGUAAACAUGAGAAAGUGUACUUUUAUGUGAUUCUCGGUAACUUUUUGGUGAUUGCCCGACAGUAAUAAUCGAGUACCUCGACCAUCAGAUAUCCGUUACUCAGCUGAAGGGCCUCUAACGAAGAUCAAGACAUACUGCGUUCAAUGUAGAAAAACGAUUCAAUGAAAAUAACAAUACCUGAGGUAUGUUUAUACCAGAAACUUUAAGAGGCUGUAUGAUCGAGACGGACGUUUCUUCUUAUUUGCAAACAUCAUCAUCGGGACAGGAUGAAUUUCACCCUUUUAUUGAGGCACUCUUACCGUACGUCAAAUCAUUUUCCUACUCUUGGUUUAAUUUGCAAGCCGCCAAACGAAAAUAUUAUAAGAAACAUGAAAAACGUAUGUCGCUGGAAGAAGAAAGACAUUGUAAAGAUGAACUCCAGAAUGAAAAGACUGAGGUGAAGCAAAAGUGGGCUUCCCGUCUUCUUGGAAAACUCAGAAAAGACAUUACACAAGAAAGUCGAGAGGAUUUUGUGCAAUCUAUAAUCGGGAAAAGAAAAUCAAUUUGUGUUCUCUCAAACCCCGAUCAAAAGGGAAAAAUGAGACGAAUUGACUGCUUAAGACAGGCUGACAAAGUAUGGCGGCUUGAUUUGGUCAUGGUUAUACUCUUCAAGGCGAUUCCAUUAGAAAGCACGGAUGGUGAGCGGUUGGAAAAAAAUCCAGAGUGCUUACAUCCAGGAUUAUGUGUAAAUCCGUACCACAUUAACGUUUCUGUGCGGGAAUUGGACUUGUACUUGGCCAACUUUAUAAAUACUCAUAAUUCAGUAAAUAAUACAAAUAUGACUUUCUCAACUACUCCGGGCGCAAGAUCGCCACAUUUAACUAUGUAUAAUCGAAGUAAUGAUCCAAACAGGAAAGAUGAGGUCGCUGACAUGAAAAAUGAUGUCGUUAGACAAAACCCAUAUAAUGGUGUUGUUUGUAAUGAUAUUAUUUUAGCAACUGGCGUGUUUUCUUCUCAGGAACUGUGGACAUUAUCUAAAGAUUUAAUUUUAGAUGAAUCAAUUGAUUUAAACCUAAACUCUAGCCUUAUAAAGAGGGAGAACGUUGGAGCUACCUAUGAGUGUAAUACAUAUCAAAUAAACUCUGAAUCUUCAAUUUCUGCUGCCCAGAGUCUUGUUCAAUCUGGGUCAAUGGCCUCUAAUCCGAUUCCACUUGGAUAUAGCAUUGAUUUUAUAGAUCAGAGGAUUACACAAUUAUCGCAAAGUCCAUUGCCACGUACAGAAGGCCCAAACGGCGAUUCCCGUGAUGCCAACAAAAUCGAUCAAAGCAGUCCACCGCCAAUUACGAGCACUGCAUCAGAUAAUGGCACAAAUAGUUUUUCUUUGAUCGUGAGAGCUACGGAUAGCUCUAUUGAAGAUCCAAAAACUUCCACGGACUCAUCCAUUUCUUUGCAUCGCUAUACAUCUUUAAAUAGUCGGAUGCUGACCCAAGCUCUACCACAACAUAGUUGCUCCUUGCUACAUUCGUCUUCCACUAGUCCGACAAAUACCUUAUAUUACCCCCAGCAUAAUGGUACAAGACCAUCUCAAACAACUUCCGUUGAGGAACAAAGUCGUGCUGGCUCCGAUAAAUAUUCCACGGAGCCUCAAGAUAUUUCGGACUUUGUCACUUAUGUUUGUCAAGACACCAGCCAUACGACAACUAUAACAGGAUCAGCUGAAAACCAUUCAUUUCAACACUCCCAUACACUCCCACAAGGCCAUUCACCGCAUUUUCAAAUUCAUCAACAGCUGCGAUCUGCAAAAUUGACGACAUCACCAUCAACUCAUUAUCACAGUACAAUGCUUCCGCCGAUGCUGCCACCAAUGGCUCGGCCUGUAGCUAUAAUUCGCAGUAGCAGUGAUCUAACCUUAGUUCAAUCCCCACCUCCUUCUUUGGCACUGACAGCCCAAUCUACAAGUUUGAACGACAAUAGUUGUAUAGCGAAACAGAGCUUGCAAACGGAUAAUAGACUUGCAAGUAACCUAGACAACAGUAAUAGCCCCAAUAACACAGAUGUCGUUUCACAACACGAAAUGAGAGGAACUGCAUCUCCUCAACCGCAAUCUCACACGCCGACCCUAGCGAGUCCCCAAUCUUAUCUGGAUCCUGGGCGAUGUAAGCUUUUAUCAGCUGGCUCAAGCAUAGGCAGAAUUGCAACACAAAUGUAUCCCUCAUCAAAUAAUAGAGAAUAUUUUAAUCACUUUCAUUCGCAGCCCACAUCGCUUUUGGGAUAUGCCGGCUCUAUUUCUACAAUGUCUGGAGUUAUAAGUCCAACAGACCUAACACUUUAUUCAGCUCCAAUGGCUGUAUCGCGUUCAAGUACCAGGACUAGAUGGAACGAAGAGGAGCAUAAUAUAAUUCCACAUUCUGCAUCUAGUACAAACAUGGAUAAUACCCAAGUUAUAUUAAUGGAAGACUCGACUGGUCGUUAUAUAGAUGAGUAUUCUAAUCGUGACUAUGUGUCAUGAUGUAAGCUAAAUAAGAUAAAAGUCAUUAAACUCUUCGGCUUGGGCAUGCCAAAAUAUGGAUUAGAGACUCAGUAACUAAUAAGAGUACCUUAAACAAAUAUAUAAAAUCCUUUUGCACAUAAAUUUAAGUUUGACAAUAAUCGAUGUAUUUAAUCGUAUUUGAAGGGACUCUAGGUAUGUCUGUAUAAUAAGCUCGCUAAAAAGAAUAUGUUAAAGCCCAUAAAUAACUAUUAAGGCGUCGGAUAUGUCGAAAUAAGAAGUCAAAAAAAUUUUCGGGAUCUCUUUUUAUACCUGUUUAUCCUUUAUUAAAAGGGUAUACUAGAUUCGUUUGAAAAAAUUUAACAAGGAGACGGUUGCUUUAUAUCCCCUAUAACGUAUAUAUAUUCUUAACCAAUAGAACCAAUAGCCGAGUCGUAUAGGCUAUGUCCGUCCGUCCGAACAUCGAGAUCUGAAAAACUAUAGGGGCUAGAAAUUUUAACCCAGAAAUACCGCCCUAAACUAUUAUUGGUCUAUCCCACUUCAACGUCCACUCACUUGGGAUAUCUUUAAUUUUUUUUUCCCCCAAUUUCUAUUGACUUGCCAAAAAUUUUAAAUAUUUUGUUUGUGCAUGGAACUUGAUAAACUCGAAUAUAGCGUCCUUUAUUGUUUUCUUUAAAUUAGUUUUAAACUAUUUCUUAAUCGAGAAUAUGGGUAAACAUUACUAAUGUGGUGUCCUACCACGUAUUUUGAUAUCUCAGCAUACUAAAGACUUUUUUUAGAUUUGAUAAGAUUACACCUUUUUUUUCUAAUCUUUAAUACAGAUCCAAACAUAAAUACUUACGGCAAAAUGAUUUAGGAAUUCAUAUCCUUUUACCAACAAAUAAGUUAAAGGCAAGAAGUCAUAUUUGACUUGGAUCUUAAUUUAAUUUUUAAGACGUUAUAACAUAUAAUAAAAUAUCAAGAUCUGAGCGAAAUAUCUCCAGAUAGUGGGUUGUUAGUUUACAAGGAAUCUUUUAGAAGCCAGAGGCCGAAAUGGAGCUAUUUGAAACAUACAGUGCUACUGAAAGCUACUAAUAAUUUUGUACUUAUGAAACCACGCGCGAAAUCGCUUUUAAUUUUUCACUCAUUUCACAAUUUGUAUCAAAGAUUCUUUUACUCACCUCGCUAUUUGUACUUUUAGAACAAUAGAUAAUGAUUCAAUUCAAGUACAAAAAAUAAUAGACACUUAUUGAAAUUCCCAGGCUACCACAGUCAGACUAUGAAACAGUAUUAAAUAUAUUAAUGCUCUGUGGCUUUUUCGAUUUGUCUAGAAUUUUUUUUAGGGAUCCUUUUGUGAUUUAUAAAGAUAAAAUCCUGUCAACCACUUUAUGAGAAUAGUACCAGUGUUGCCAUACAAAUAAAAAUAAAUUAAACGUAAAGCAACCAAAGUUGUAAUCAUGUUUAAGGCAUGUAAGCUACAUAUUUAUCAAAGAAUACUUAUAAAUUUUCAAAUAUGAAUGGAAUAUUAAAUCGUAUCAUUAAGCAAUAUGUUACUGUGGAAUUUUAUUAUAAAAAAAAUUAAUUGUAACCUAAUGCUUUAGAUGAGGUUAAAUUAAAUUAACUUUUGAAAAAAGUAGAAUAUAUAAGGAAUCUAAUAUUAUGACCAUAAUUAAACUGGAUACCAGUCGUUGCUUAUUAAUAUAUAUUAAGUGAGGAAGACAAAUUUUAGAUAAUAACAUUUUGGGUCUGGUCGCAAAUCAUCAAAAUUUAUUUAAUUUGAUUUUGUUAUGCAAGUUAAAAUUAUUGAGAACGUAAGAAAGCAGUUCUAAUAAGUGCCUAAAAUGUUAUUGAAAUAUUCAAAUUAAAAGCCGUAGUAAUAAUUAUAAGACAACAUAAUUUUUAUUUUGAAAUAGAUUUUUGCAAGGUUCCACUCAAUUGGUCAAAAUAAGUGGACAUCUAUUUCAAAAAAGUUAAGCCGCUUAACUAAAAGUUUCAGCACGGCUAACUUGUUUUCCCUCAAACGAUUUUAGCUCCAUAAGAAAAAUGUAAAUUUACGAAUGUGCGCUGCAUUGUAAUUGUGAGUUCCAGAACAAAGCAAAUACAAAUAUAAAAUGUUAGUACAAUAAUAAUAUUAGGUAGAUGGCAAAGAGCAUGUGCAAACACAUAAAAUAUAUACAAUUAUUUAUAAGAUUUGGCUGUGAAUAUAAUUAUUACGCUACCGCUAUUUGUAAGUUAGGGUUAAACGAAAGUGCUUAUUAUGAAAAAAGAUAAUAUUGUAAUAAAAUAUCAAUAUAUACACCCAACUUAAAUAGACUGUAAACAAACGGAGACUUGGCAAUAAUAAAUAAAUAUUUUAUUGAACAACGCGAAUAAACU